AUGCAGCUAUCAGUCCUCCUCUCCACAACCCUCGUCGCCGUUCUGGUGUCGGCCCAGACGGCACCAACCUUGCCAUCGUGCGCGACCGACUGCAUCACCAACUCUCUACCGGCAAACUGCAACGCCGAUCCAUCAUGCAUCUGCAACACCCCAUCCUUCAUCGAGGGCAUUGCCUGCUGUGUCUUUACUGCCUGCGACACAGCCGAUCAACAAGCUGCACUGGCCUACGCUCACGGCGUCUGUGACCCCGUCGGCGCAAGUUCUCUUCUGCCCGCAUCAGCAGGCUGCUCAUCCACCUCUACCAGCGGCAACGGCACCGCCGCCGCAACCGGCAGCACCACCUCUGGCUCCGGUACCGCCUCGACCACUGCAUCUGGCUCUUCCUCCGCAGCCGCCACAAGCAGCGCCGCCUCCGCCGCAUCGAGCGUUGCCUCAACUGCCUCCAGCGCCGCCAGCGCGAGUGCCGCAUCCGCCACCUCUUCCCCCGCUGCUGGCGACAGACUUGCUGUCCAGGGCCUGGGUGCCGUGGGAGCUGCUGUGCUCGGUCUUGCUGCGUUCCUGUAG